AUGGAAUAUUUCCCCUUCUCUACAGCCAGCCGGCCCCCCCACGGAUUUCAAGGAUUUAGGAUCCGUCACCAGAGACAUUGCACAGUGGGGGAAGAGUGUCCUUGGCGUGCUCAUCACUGCAAGUGACAGGCCGAGCCAGUGAGGAAAUGGUUGCUGACUGUGGCUGAAUCCACAGCUGCCAGAAUAUGCAGCCCAGAGGCGUUCCUGGCAGUGCAAAGGCAGCGGACUGCGCCAAGGAGCUGAUCACCACGUUGUGCACGGGGGUUGUGGCCGGGAGGCAUGGUGACAACUUUCAAGAUUGCCGUGCUGGGUGCUCAAGGGGUCGGAAAGAGUGCCAUUGUCCGCCAGUUCCUGUACAACGAGUUCAGCGAGGUCUGUGUCCCCACCAAGGCCCGCCGUGUCUACCUACCUGCCGUGGUCAUGAAUGGCCACGUUCACGACCUACAGAUCAUGGACUUCCCGCCCAUCGCCUCUUUCCCUGUAAAUACCCUGCAGGAGUGGGCGGACGUGUGCUGCCGAGGCCUCCGGAGUGUUCAUGCCUACAUCUUGGUCUAUGACAUCUGUUGUUUUGACAGCUUUGAGUAUGUCAAAACCAUUAGGCAGCAGAUCCUAGAAACAAG